AUGACAUUGACCAAGUAUCAGAGGGGAGAUCCAAUGGAGGGAUGGAACGACUGCCCCACACCAAUGAUGAUAAGAUCACAAAACUCCUCGCAAAGUUCAAUACCAACCACCAAAUCAACUACAAAGAUACGACAAGAUUGUGAUAAAGAGGAUGUAUUAAAGAAACUAGAGAAAAUUUUUAAUUUAGAGAUAAAUUUACCUGAGAAAGAAAAAUCUCAUUAUGAAACAAAAUUGAAAAAUACCGUUUCUGAUAUGAGUCAGAGAGAUUUAGGCUUCAUCAACAAUGUUUGCGAAGAAAUUUUGAGUUCACUGCCAAAUUUGAAGAAUUUAAAGUCUGAAGUGGUAGACCACAUGAUGAAUAAUGAUGGAGUGAGUACUUGGUGCUCUCCGCUUAAGAAAAUUGUCUCCAGUAUAAAAAUAUGA